AUGUUUUUGUGGCUCGUUUUGCAGGGAGGAGCCAGUAGAACAAGUGAAACAGAAUACAUCCUGCAUACAUAUCAAUCAAAUAAGAAAGUCAAGGAGUCAUCAUUAGAUUUUCAAAGCAGACAAUUCGGAAUUGUUACGGAUUACUCAUCAGAUGAUAAAAGUCAAACAGAAUUCUACAAAUUAUGCGUGUUAGGAGAUAACAUUCGAAGAAUGAUACCACAUGUCGAUAGAAUUUUGCUUAUUCCAACAAAUUUUUACGUAUCAACUACAAAUUUUCAUUAUUUGCUAUCUACCUGGAAUGUUAUACUAAGAUUAGACUAUCCAUACCUCGAGUGUGAAUUAAUAAAUGAAAAACAAGAAAUUAACCAUUUUUGGUUUAGAUUUAAAGCUCAAAUGCUUACAAUGUACGAUAAAUUAUUAUAUAUCGAUCAUAAUACAUACUUUAUUAAUAGUCCUGAAGACAUUUUUAGAUAUCCAACUCCUUCAUCAGCAAUUGAUUAUCAAAGCUGGGGAAUUACAUAUUUUGAAGUUGCUCAUAACUAUGAUUUCUUCUUAUUCAAGCCAUCAAUGACAAAUUAUUACAAAUUACUAAACCAAACUUGUAACUGGAAUGAAUAUCCAUUUUUAUUCCAUCAAAAAUAUGAAAAUUAUUCUUCAGCAUCUAUUGGACCAUACGAUAAUGGCAUUUUACAUGAAAUAUUAGGUAUUUCUACUUACACAAUGCCUCCAAACGUAAAUGUCGAAACAGGUCCAGAAUCAUUCAAAAACAAAUACAGUUUUACAGAUCCUAGAAUCAUUUCUUUUCGAUUUCUUGAAAUAAAACCACCGUGGAUCGGAAAUUCAUACGCCGACCUGUAUUGGAAAGUAAUUGCAGAACAAGCGUUUGACAGACUUGGUCUAAGCUUUCCAUAUAAGAUAACGGAGAAACCUGAAGAGGAACAAAAUCGAAACGAAAUCAAGAAAAGAUUAAAUUUCGUUCAGUAUCCGAUUUACAAGGUUGUUAAGUGCAACAAUGAAUUAGUUAGCUUUUCUACAGUCAUUGUUAUCGCAAAAUCUAUUUGCAUUUUGUUCUUCGGACUGUUGAUUAUUAGAUUUUUAUCUAGUUAUGAUUUUGAUGAUAUAUAUUACUUCUAA